AUGGUAGUAAUCGAAUCACCCCCGAGUACCGCUGUAGGCUCUGCCGAAGAGAUACCUCAAGCCAUCCACAAGCAUGAGGGGUCUGCUUUGCCGGUUGCUAUAGUGGGCAUGGGUAUGAGACUGCCCGGUGGAAUCCAUACCUGUGAUGACCUUUGGAAAAUGCUUUUAGGGAAGCGUUCGACCCGGUGUGAGAUUCCAUCAACUAGAUUCUCGGUUGACGGAUUCCACAGCCCAACCAGCAAGCCUGGAUCUAUUGCCAUGCGUCACGGCCACUUCCUGGACGACCAAGAUGACCUGCAACGGUUGGACACCUCUUUCUUCUCCAUGGGGAUGACAGAAGUGAGUGAUAUAGAUCCACAGCAGAGGAUGCUCCUGGAAGUGGCCUAUGAGUGUAUGCAAUCUUCGGGCCAAACCGAUUGGCGGGGGAGCAAUAUAGGCUGUUACGUUGGUGUAUGGGGAGAGGAUUGGCUGGAUCUUCACAGCAAAGAUUUAUACGAUUCCGGCACAUAUCGCGUCUCCGGUGGGCAUGACUUUGCCAUUUCCAACCGUAUUAGUUACGAAUAUGACCUCAAAGGCCCCUCCUUCACUAUCAAAGCCGGCUGCUCGUCAUCCCUGAUAGCUCUUCAUGAAGCAGUAAGGGCCAUUCGGGCAGGAGACUGUGAUGGUGCUAUUGUGGCCGGCACCAACCUGAUUUUCUCACCGACCAUGUCUAUGGCUAUGACAGAGCAAGGCGUUUUGUCCCCAGAUGCUAUGUGCAAAACCUUUGAUGAGAAAGCAAACGGCUAUGCAAGAGGCGAGGCAAUCAAUGCCAUCUUCUUGAAACCUUUAGACGAUGCCCUCCGGGACGGAGAUCCCAUCAGGGCUGUAGUCAGGGCAACAUCUUCAAAUUCGGAUGGCAAAACUCCCGGUAUGUCGAUGCCAAGCUCCGAGAGCCAUGAGGCUUUGAUCCGGAGGGCGUACCAGGAGGUUUGCUUGGACCCCAAGGACACCUGCUUCGUCGAAGCACAUGGAACCGGUACAUCCGUGGGCGAUCCGCUCGAGGCCACGGCAAUCGCCCGUGUCUUUGGCGGGUCAUCAGACCAUAAGCUCUACAUCGGGAGUGUCAAACCUAACCUUGGACAUAGCGAGGGUGCUUCAGGCAUUUCGUCAGUUAUGAAGGCCAUUCUGGCUCUAGAAAACCAUACCAUCCCUCCAAACAUCAACUUCUUCACGCCGAAUCCCAAAAUCCCCUUUUCGGGUAUGAACAUGGCUGUUCCAGUUGAUGCAAUUCCCUGGCCUGAAGACCGAGCACGUCGGGUCAGCGUCAACUCAUUUGGAAUAGGAGGUGCAAAUGCCCACUGCAUCAUAGAAACUCUCGAAGAGUACCUCGGUGCAUCGUUCACAAAGCGACAUCUGGUUCCUCCACUUCAGAAUGGAAACGGCUCUGUGGGUGCCCAUGUCAGCAGUGCCGUCGACAGCAUUUCAGCGAUGAAAAUGGAUUUGCACAGUAAGAUGCGCAAGAGUGCAACAGCGCAAGUCGCAAGUGAUAGUUCUACCACAGACAACGCUUAUGCCCGCCCUUCAAUGGCUCUCUAUGUUCUUUCCGCUGCAAAUCCGACUUCGCUUAGGCAGAGUGUGACGGACUAUCAAGAGUAUCUGGGAAGUCAUAAGACCGACCCGGCUGAUGUUUCAUAUACCCUGUGCAACCGGAGAGAGCAUUUGUCGCAUCGAACCUACGGAGUGGUCACUACAGAAUCCGUGAAUGGCGCACACCUCGUCCCUGAUUUCUCUCCCCUAUCCAAGACAAACAACAACACCCCUCCUGAUAUAAACAUGAUCUUCACUGGCCAGGGUGCCCAAUGGGCUGGCAUGGGAAAGGAGCUCAUGGACGAGUACGAGACCUUUUACAACACCAUUGCUUCCUUGAAUCUCGUUCUAUCCGAACUGGAGCAUCCUCCGGCUUGGGAUCUUAUUGAAGAAUUAUCCAGGUCUGCGGAAUCAAGCAAUGUUGGCCGUGCCGAGUUUUCUCAGCCACUUGUAUGCGCAGUUCAAGUGGCCCUGGUUGAUCUCUUGCGAUCUUGGGGGGUUGUCCCCUCUGCUGUAGUAGGCCACUCUAGUGGCGAGAUGGCUGCUGCCUACGCAGCUGGGGCUGUAUCCUCCCACGAGGCCAUCAAAAUCGCCUACUAUCGUGGCUAUGUCAAUCAACAAUACAAGCGAGAUGGCGGCAUGGCUGCUGUUGGAAUGGGAGCCCAAGAAGUUACUCCUUACCUCGUCGACGGUGUAACUGUUGCCUGUGAGAACAGUCCCCAGAGUGUUACACUCUCGGGAGACAAAGGUGCACUUGGGGAGGUCUGCCAGAAGAUCACGGAGCAAUUUCCAGAUUGCUUUAUUCGCCAGCUCAAGGUCAACGUCGCAUACCACUCUCAUCACAUGCAAGACAUUGGUCCAGUCUUUGAGGCUCUACUGAAAGACAAAGUCUAUAGCCAAGCUCCAGCCAUACCUUUCUUCUCCAGUGUUUCUGUCGCAAGAAUUACUGAACCAAGGAGACUCGAUGCUACCUAUUGGCGCCAAAAUCUGGAGAGCCCUGUACGUUUCGCUGGUGCUAUGAAGCUUUUGCUCGAGGCUCGAGAGAACGUAGCGUCAAAGCAGGUGUUUGUCGAAAUUGGGCCUCACAGCGCAUUGGCUGGACCACUCCGUCAAAUCUUCAUGACUCAUGGCAAAGGAAAGGAAGCCUAUGCCUCAGCCAUGAUUCGUGGCCAAAACUGCACCGAGUCAGUCCUCAGACUUGCUGGCGAGCUAUUCUGCCACGGAUCAUCACUGCAAUUGUCAAAUGUGACGGCCGAGGGUGAUGUUGUCGUUGACUUGCCACCUUACCCUUGGAACCAUGACAAGGAGUAUUGGUCUGAGAGCCGAGUCAGCAGGGACUGGAGAUUCCGGAAAUUCCCCAACCACGAACUUCUUGGCUCGCGAACACUUGAGAGCAGCAAUCUACACCCUGAGUGGCGUAAUGUGAUCAGGCUUGACAAGGUCCACUGGCUACGAGAUCACCAGGUCCUCAAUGAUGUCGUCUUUCCUUGCGCAGGGUACCUAGCGAUGGCGGUUGAGGCGGUGCGACAGGUAGCCGGAUCGCCUGAGACAGAAGGUUUCACUUUAAAGAGCGUUGUCGUCCAAUCUCCUCUAGUUAUCACUGACACGAAACCGGUUGAGAUGCUCACAAGUCUGAGACCCGUCAGGCUAACCAACACUCUCGACUCGGCUUGGUGGGAGUUCUGCAUCGUGGCACACAAUGGCACCAGCUGGAUCAAGCACUGUGAAGGACAGGUCAGGCGAGGCCAAGAUGCUCACCAGAAACUGGCGGCCCUCCUGCAAAACAAAUCAGUUGGGAAAUACUAUCCCCGUCUCGUGGACAAUCUCUAUCCCGAGCUUCUGAGAAUCGGCUUACGAUAUGGGCCAUCUUUCCGUGGCCUUGAUACUGUCUCCUGUGUACCCAAUGGCCGGAAGGCCGCCGCGACGUUGCAUGAGACAACAGUAUCGGAGUCGUCCUACGCGAUACAUCCCACCACAAUUGACCACUGCCUCCAACUCUUCUUCCCUGCUAGCUGUGACGGAAUCUUUUACCGAGCCGAGAAACUAUGCGUUCCAACAGAAAUCGGACGCUUGUAUCUUGCCGAUGGAAAGCUGUGGGAGGUAGAGGGUGCCCGAGCUGAAGCAUUGGCAGCGACAAACUCCGGGGGCUCGAUUUCUGGGGCCGCUAUCGUGGUGUCCCGACAUGACUCUGUCCUGCUCUCUCUGGAGGAUGGAAAAUUCUCCCCACUGGAAAUGGAUCUUGGAGGGGAAGGAAACGCAGAUUUGGUUGGUGCGGCACGUCUUGAAUGGAAACCAAACUUGGACUUUGCCGAUAUGCAUAGCCUUGUUCGCCCAAGUCAUGGAUCUAUGCAUGAUGGACCCGACCUUGAUCUGGUAGAGCGACUUACGCUGCUUGCUAUUCUAGAGAUCCACGAGCGCAUUGAAGGUAUCGUCACUCCUGAGGAUCACGCCGAUCAGCACAUACUCAGCUUCCGUACCUGGAUUGCAGACCAAGUCUCGGCAGCAGCCGAGGGCAAAUAUCUUGGGGUGGUGGCAGAUGCUAGAGAGAUCGCAUCACUCCAACGCGAAGCUCGAGCAUGCUUAAUGACCAAGCUCCGCCAACAGGUUUUGGAGACUGGAGCUGCGAGCGCUGCAGUCUUGAUUGGUCGAGUUGCUGACCACUGCGAGGAAAUUGUAAAGGGGAAGCUUGAGGGCAUCGAACUUCUCCAAGCAGACGGUGGCCUUACUAAUUAUUAUAAUUAUGUCGAGUCGCGGACGGACUCUGUCGACUUCUUCGCCACUGCUGGUCACACUCGGCCCACGCUUCGUGUUCUCGAGAUUGGUGCUGGCACUGGAGGCGGAGCUCAAGUCAUCCUUGAAGGACUAACAAAUGGCAGAGAACGCCUGUACUCGACAUAUGCAUAUACCGACAUAUCCGCCGGAUUCUUCGUCACGGCUCAGGAACGAUUCAAGGCAUACCAAGGCCUUGAUUUCAGAGUCCUGGAUAUAACCAAGGACCCCACUGAACAAGGAUUCGAGGUUGAAUCCUUCGAUCUUAUCAUUGCCGGCAACGUUAUUCAUGCCACCCCAUACUUGAAGGAGACUCUUGCGAAUGUGCGGAAACUGCUGGCUCCCGGGGGUUACUUUUUUCUUCAAGAGCUUUCACCCAAAAUGAGAAUGGUAAACUUGAUCAUGGGCAUCUUGCCUGGAUGGUGGCUUGGAGCCGCAGAAGGCCGAGACAAAGAGCCGUACUUAGCUCCGUCUCAGUGGGACAUAGCUCUUCAGGCGGCCGGGUUCUCAGGCGUUGACGCUGCCAUUUAUGAUGCUCCUUACCCGUACCACCUCAAUGCAAACAUCAUCACGAGGCCGGCCAAAGACUCGACAGGGCAGCCGCGAGCAACGAAAGGACGACUAACGCUACUUCAUCGCCCCGACGAUAUUGAAUCUUCGAGUAUCAAGCAGCUGCGUAAUGUACUCGAGUCUCGUGGUCUUGAGACAAAAAUGGUGGCAUUGCAGGAACACGAACAGCUCAAAGCAGAGAACCAAGACGUCAUAAUUUCUCUGCUUGAACUCGUGACGCCAUUCUUCAGCUCUAUCUCAGUCGCACAGCUGGAAUCCUUCCAAAGAGUAGUUGCUGGACUCGGCAGUACAGAGAUGAUCUGGGUCACACGGCCUGCACAGUAUGGUAUAGGCGCCUCAGACGACCCUGGCUUCGGUCUUUCGCUGGGUUUGGCACGCACACUACGCUCCGAGCAGUCGUUAGCCAUCACGACGCUUGAGAUUGGCCAAGUCAAUGAUGCAUCACUCAAAGCUGUGGUCAGUCUCGUGAUGAGCAUUCUACAUCAUCAGGAAGAUGGUGCUGAAUCAACACGCGGCGCCACUAACCUGGACCCCGACCGCGAGUACGUUGUCGAUAAUGGCGUUAUCAAGGUCGCUAGGUACCACCCAGUAGCCUUGACACAGGAUCUUGCAUCUAGAGGAGCGAAGCCAGAGGCUGUGACGCUUCAGAUUGGCCGGAUGGGACUGUUACAGACGCUCGGUUGGAUGCCGUUUCCAACGUCUGAUCCAGGGGAUGGCGAGAUCACGAUUGAACCUCGAUGCGCAGGAUUAAACUUUCGAGAUGUACUUCUCUGCAUGGGCGUUGUCGAAGCAACUGGUGUUGGCAUUGGGCUUGAGGGAUCUGGAGUUAUUACAAAGGUAGGGGCAAGUGUUAGCGGGCUUCAACCCGGAGAUCGUGUCUUCUACCUUGCCGACAACUGCUUCUCCACGCAGUUGACUAUUUCGGCUCAACGUUGUGCCAAGAUUCCGUCGCAAUUGGCGUUCGAGGAUGCCGCUACGAUGCCAUGUGUCUAUGCGACAGUUAUUCACUCUCUGCUAGACGUUGGCGGACUACGACCAGGACAAUCUAUUCUGAUCCACUCCGCCUGUGGUGGAAUUGGCAUCGCAGCUCUGAACUUGUGUCGUCACAUCGAAGGCCUAGAGAUAUAUACUACAGUCGGAAAUGAAGAAAAGGUACAGUAUCUCGUCGACAAUUUUGGGCUUCCGCGAUCAAGGAUCUUCAACUCCCGGGACGCCUCGUUUCUGUACGAUAUACGAGCAGCCACAGAGGGUCGCGGUGUUGACGUCGUCCUCAACAGCCUGUCUGGAGAACUCCUACACGCUUCAUGGCAAUGCGUAGCACCAUAUGGGAAAAUGCUUGAGAUUGGAAAAAGAGACUUUAUCGGCAAAGCACGUCUGGAAAUGGAUCUAUUCGAGGCUAACAGAAGUUUCAUUGGUAUUGACCUGGCUAGGUUUGACUCAGCCAGAUGUCAGAAGCUGCUCGAACGCACCGCAGCAAUGGUCGAGGCCAACAGCAUACAGCCAAUCAAGCCCGUCAAAGUGUUCGACGCAUCCGAUGCCGAAGAAGCCUUUCGAUACAUGCAGAAGGGAGUUCAUCUGGGGAAGAUAGUGGUGUCCAUUCCGUCUCAGAGUAGUACGCUCCUACCUGUAUCUCCAAGGCCUCUUCAAGUGAAGCUCAAUGCAGAAGCGAGUUACCUCCUCGUGGGUGGACUCGGUGGACUCGGGCGUGCUGCUGCGACAUGGAUGGUAGAAAGGGGUGCCCGGUACCUCAUCUUCUUCUCCCGGUCGGCUGGUCUAAGCGUCAGAGACAAGACCUUCUUCCGAGAAUUAGCGUCCCAGGGAUGUACUGCUCAGGCUGUCCGAGGUGAUGUCCUGAGCCUGCCUGACGUUGAACGUUCUGUGGCUUCUGCCCCAGCGGGAAAGCCCAUCAGGGGUGUUUUGCAAAUGUCCAUGGUACUGCGCGACAAGCCUUUUGCUGACAUGAGCUUGGAAGACUGGGAUACGGCAGUGAAGCCCAAGGUCCACGGAACCUGGAACCUACAUCUCGCUGCACCUAAAGAUCUCGACUUCUUUUUUGCAACAGGUUCCAUCAGCGGGUCGUUUGGUACCCCCGGGCAGGCUAAUUAUGCUGCUGGUAACACAUAUCUCACAGCGCUGUUUGAGCAUCGCCGUGCCCUCGGUUUGCCGGCGUCUGUGCUGCAGAUUGGGCUGAUCGAGGACAUUGGCUAUCUGGCGCAAAACCCGGAACGUGCUGAGGCGCUUAGAGCGGCUGGAGGCUUUUUCUUGCGAACUCGACAGCUGCUCGAGGGUCUGAAUUGGGCUCUGCUCUCAAGCGAUCCCCAUCAUCCCGAGUAUCAGCUGACGAUUGGUCUGCGGAGUGACAAAUCACUAUCGGACCCAGCCAACCGCGUAAUUUGGAAGAAGGACAGCCGAGCUGCCCUGUACCACAACCAAGAGAUUGCCACUGACGCUGGCGUCGGUGACGACCAGGGCCUCAACGCAAUCCGCCUCCUAGUUGCCUCAUGUGAGGAAGACCCAGCGAUCUUACAGGACCAGGCGACGGUCGAGCUCGUGACACAUGAAAUUGGGAAGCGCGUUUGCAUGUUCAUGUUGCGGCCUGUCGAAGAGAUGGACCCAACGGCAACGCUGACGUCGCUUGGCGUUGACUCGCUGGUUACCAUCGAGAUUCGGAACUGGAUCAAGCGUACAUUCGGGGGCGUUGAAGUUAGCACCCUGGAGAUUCUCAACUCUGGCACUAUUGAAGGACUGGCAAGGUUAACACUAGACGGGCUCAAGACCCGGUUCGUCCUUGCUGGAAGGAAUGAUGGUGAUGCGUAUCUGGAAAUGAAGGCUCCAUAG